AUGUCAUCCCCAUCGCAACUGGAAUUUGUUACCGUCGAUGUGUUCACCACCGAAAGAUACUCGGGCAAUCCGCUCGCAAUCAUACGAAUCCCCCAUGGCGUCACCAUGACCCAAGAGCAAAAGCAGAUGAUCGCGCGCGAGUUCAACCUCUCGGAGUCAACGUUUCUGCAUGAGAAAAGCCCAAGCGCACCAGGGAAUACUUGGGUUGUUGACAUAUUUUUGACGACUGCAGAGAUUCCUUUCGCAGGUCAUCCUACUAUCGGUACAGCCUGCUAUGUGCUCUCAAGAGCGGCCCAAGAACGAGGUUUAGAAGAUGGCGUGAUAGAAGCGGGCUUCCAGUUGAAGGCGGGGCCAGUCAGCUUGGUUUACGAUGUCGCUAAGAAGACCGCAAGAGCCGCGAUUCCUCAUGAUGUGUCCGUUCCUCCCGAGCCUCGACUUGCUCGAGGUCAUGAGCAACGCAAGUUCGGCAUCAAAGAUGAUUUUGCGAUAGUCUCCAUCGUUAAGGGCAUGACUUUCGUGCUCGUAGAACUUGACAAUCUGGAAGCGCUUGAGAUGGUAUCUGUGGCCGGGCAAGGGAUCAGCAUAUCCGGACUUGAUGAAGGCUGGGACAAGACGUUCAUCGGAACAUAUUUCUUUGUCCGAAUGGGCAAAAACGCAGGCGGUGCGACGAUGUUGAGAACAAGAAUGAUAGAGGGAUCAUUGGAAGACCCUGCAACUGGGAGUGCAGCUUCGGACCUGGUGGCGUAUCUGUCGUUGAACGAAGGAGGGCCAAGCGAGACGUUGAAGUUCGAGAUUAUUCAGGGGGUUGAAAUGGGUCGGCGAAGCGAGAUCUUCAUCGACGUUGAGAUGGACAGCAACAAGUCCAUUGCGAAGAUUGUGCUCGAGGGCAGCGCAGUGCGGGUAAUGGAAGGACGAUUAGCAAUCUGA